AUGCCUCGGGUGGAGUGGGUUCCGGUGAAACCGUGCUAUCUGAGCGUAGGUGCGGUUGGGGAUAUGCCACUCAGUGUCUUGAGUAAACAAUGUGUCAGUGUGCAGAUUGGCGGGGUGACGGUUACCCAUGAGAUGUUCUUGAUCGGAGGUGUAAGUGAGAUUAUAAUCGGUGUCGAUCUGCUGAGGCGUGUGGGUGCGAAGAUUGGUUUCGUGGGAGGUAAAUUGCUCGUGGGAUCGCAAGCACACCAGGAGCUAGCCAGGAAGAUAUCCACCGAAAACCACAACGUCGGGCCUGUCGAUCAACGUAGCUCACGCUACUAUCGGAUCAAACCAGUCGGAACGGCACGCGGAAGAAGAAGCAAGAUACGUGUCAAGUGCGGACCAAAGCCAACAGGAAUGGACCAACAGAAUGAGGCAUGA